UGGGAGGCUCUCGCGAGUCCCACCCGCGCUGCAGUCUUGGGCAGUGGUGCCACCCCGCGACAGCCUGGCGCGGUCCUGACGUCAGGCGGGCACGGGCGGCGAUUGGCCGUGAGCAUGUGGUGCGGACGGGCGCUGGCGCAGGCCGUUGGCCGCGCAGCCGGGGGGCGGACCCAGGGGGCGGUGCGCGUGGCGGGCGCCACUCAAAUGGGGCGCGCGGCCGGGCUCGGCAGCGUCUUUGACUUGAGUGUUCUAGGACACUGCAAACAUUUUGCGAUAAUGCCUGAAAUAAAUACCAACCAUCUUGAUGAGCAACAGGUUCAACUCCUGGCAGAAAUGUGUAUUCUUAUUGAUGAAAAUGACAAGAAAAUUGGGGCUGACACUAAGAAGAAUUGUCAUCUGAAUGAAAAUAUUGAGAAAGGAUUUUUGCAUCGAGCAUUCAGUGUCUUCUUAUUUAACUCUGAAAAUAAGCUUCUGCUACAGCAAAGAUCAGAUGCUAAAAUUACUUUUCCAGGUUGUUUUACCAAUAGUUGUUGUAGUCAUCCAUUAAGUAAUCCAGGCGAACUUGAAGAAAAUGAUGCCAUUGGUGUGAGACGAGCAGCCCAGAGGCGUCUAAAAGCUGAAUUAGGAAUUCCCUUAGAAGAGGUUCACCCAGAAGAAAUUAAUUAUCUAACUCGAAUUCACUACAAGGCACAAUCUGAUGGUAUCUGGGGUGAACAUGAAAUUGAUUACAUCCUGUUCUUGAGGAAGAAUGUAACUUUGAAUCCAGAUCCCAAUGAGAUUAAAAGCUACUGUUAUGUUUCAAAGGAAGAGCUAGAAGAACUUAUGAAGAAAGCAGCCAGUGGUGAAAUUAAGAUAACGCCAUGGUUUAAAAUUAUUGUAGAGACUUUCCUCUUUAAAUGGUGGGAUAACUUAAAUCACUUGAACCAGUUUGUUGACCAUGAGAAAAUAUAUAGAAUGUGAAUGUGUAGAUAAAUGAUGAUAAAUGAUGAUGGAAGAUUUUCCUUACCCAGUAUACUUUGGGGGUUUCUGUUGUUAAUUUAAGUUGGGUUUCCUUUUUGGAGAACUCAUAGAUACUUUUCAACCAAAAUUUGAAUGGCAAACAUCUACUGACUGACUUAAUUUUUAUAACGUACACCAAAAUAUAUGCACUAAUAUUUGCAAAAGACGUUUUUGAGAGAUUAUUGUGAAAGGAAAGCAAAACUUAAUUUAACCUGUCCAAAUACAUUGAAGAGGUUAGUGCUCUUCAUUUUUUUAUGCUUAAAAAAAAAUUUCAAAACUCAUGUUUGCCAGGUGUUUAUAUACCAUUAAAUUUUAUUAUAUUCCAGAAAAAUGAGCAGAGGAACCUAGUUUGCUACUUAUAUUCUAAACAGAUCAAACAGUCAGAGAAGGACUGGGGAGGUAGCUCAGUGGUAGCUUGAUUGCCCAGCAACAGGAAGCCAUGAGAUCCUCAGCAUCACAAAGGAAAAUAAAAGUGGCAGAGCAUCUUCAAAGGAAAUUAAACAAUAUACAGUCAUCCUUUCAGGACCUUCUUACCAAAAUCUGAAUGGUCACAUCUUUUAUGAAAUUACAUAGUAUUUCUUCAUCCUUGUGUAUACUUUAAAUCAUCCAUAAUACCUAAUAUAAAUAGUGAUGUAUUAUUUAGGGAAGUGGCAGGAAAUGUCUAUACAUAGUAUAGAUGCACUGUUUUUCAAGUAUUUUCAGUUCACAGUUGGUUAGAUCUUUGGAUGGGUAACCGCUUAAUUUCUAUUAUUUAAGUUGAUAUUUAUGAUUUGGUCAUUUUUGCUACCUAAGGUCAACUGUUAGUUUUGGUGAUGAUAUUGUUAGGUUAAAUCUUUUAAAUAGUAUAUAUCGUGGCAAAGUCUGUUUAAGAAUUAUAGUGGAAACAGGCUACUCACAAAAGAGGCACUAAGUCCUCUUUACUCGAGUUAAGAAACUCUUAGGCACUAUAACUAUUUGGUAUGGAUAGUUCAUUGUGCUUACACAAUGAGCUGUGUGUCUGCCAACUGUUGUCUGCCACAACAACCAAAAUUACACUCUGUAUUAAAAGCCCCCUGGGCCAGGAGCCACUAUUCUAUAGCCACGUCUUAUUUUAGGGGAGUGGGGUGGGAAAUAAUGAAGACCAAUGUUCAGGUUGAAUGUAUAUUUAAAUUGCACUUUUUACAAUUUGCCAUAAGUUUCCAAGAAAUCUUAAGACAGUUUUAUUAUCCUUAAAUGUUGUAUAAUAAUGAAUAAUGACAAAUAAAAAUUUCUUACAAAGCUAAA